UCUGAGCAUUAGUGUACACAUAACACUUACCUGUACAUUUGCAUGAAACCGAUGACAUCUCCAUUCUUGCAGGCAAAGUAUCAUAAGGAUUUUGAGGUGUCAGGUUUGCAUGGGGUCACUCAGGGAACGCGUGGGUCGUACCUGGUACGGGCUCAGAUAACGCCUAACCAUGAGACGGUGGGGAACAGCACACACAAGGGUGUCCAUCAGUACAUCAUGGAGAUGGAUCGAAGACCUGGCGUCAUUGUGGCACCUGUUCUCCCUGGUGCAUACUAUCCCAGUGGCCACAGCUACAUGCAUCAGACCAGCAUGCAUUCACUGAGGUCAAUGCAGCCGAGGGCACAACACAUGGGCAUGACUGUGUACAGGGCCCUGUAUGACUACACAGCGCAGGAUUACGAUGAGGUGUCAUUCCGGGAGGGUGACAUCAUUCAGAAAGUGCAGCCGAUCGAUGAAGGCUGGAUGUAUGGAACGGUGCAGCGGACGGGGAGGUCUGGCAUGCUGCCUGCUAACUAUGUAGAGGGCAUCCGCUAGUUGUUCCUACAUCUCUCACUGAACCUCAAAUCAAACACCAAAUCUGAAUGCUCAUUAAAUGGCCACAGGUACAACUCUAUUUUAAUAGUGUGAAUUGUUCCACUUUGUGUUUAUAAUGUUACAUUUCUUAAUUUUGUUAUUCUGAACGUCCAGUGUAAGUGAAUGUACUCUACUGUUCAAAAGUUUGUUGUCUAAGAUUUUUAU